AUGCGGGCGCGCAAGCGGCGGCGCGUCGCUCUCGACGGCGCGUCCUCGCCGCGCUACGCCGGCGAGUCGCCGACGGCGGCGGCGCUGCGCGUCGACGCCUACGGCGCCUUCGCGGCGGCCCUCGACGCCGAGUUCCGCGCCUGCGCCGCGUCGCUCGCGGCGGCGCCCGCGGCGGCGGCGGCGGCCUACGUCGCCGCGCCGGCGCACGCCGAGGAGCUGCGCUGCGCCGUCGUGCGCUGCGGGUUCUGCGACCGGCUCCGGCCCGCCGCGGCGCGCGCGGCGGCGGCCGCGCUCGCGCGCGCGGGCUUUGGGACCGUCGUCGCGGCGCGCGCGGGCGCGCUCGGCGCGGCGGCGGCGGCCGCGCGCGCGGCGGCAUGCGGCGGCGGGGCCGUCGCCGUCGUCGUCCGCGACGCCGACGCGUGCGACGGGCCCGCGCUCGCGGACUGCGCCGCCGCGGUCGCCGCGCUCCCGCGCGCGGGCCUCGUCCUCGUCGCGCGGUCCGCCUGGCGGCUCCCGCGGCGCGCGGGGCAGGACGAGGGUGAUUCAACGCGGCGCGCGCCCGCGGCGCUGCGCGCGCGGUCCUUCGCGCUCCCGGGCGCGGGCGC